CGGGUCGCGGGAAGCACUUCCGGGCUGCCCCGUUGGCUGCGUGGGCUGCGGUUGUCAAGGACUCGGAGGUGGAGCGGUCUGGCCGACGGCCUCUCCUCCCACGGAUGCUCGAUUUUGGGAUUUCUAGGAGAAAAGAUCAAAAAGGCAUCAUCGAGCAUAGACUCUUUUCCUGAAUAGUUAAGCCUAAAAUGGCCACAGCCUUGGCCCUUCAGACUCCAGAGAUGCAGGAGGGACAUCUGGCAGUAAAGGUAGAAGAACAAGAGGGGGAUAACCCUCAUACAAGAGAGAUCUUCCGUAGACGCUUCAGGCAGUUCUGCUACCAGGAGACCCCUGGGCCCCGAGAGGCCCUCACCCGGCUCUGGGAGCUGUGCCGACACUGGCUGCGCCCCGAGACCCACAGCAAGGAGCAGAUCCUGGAGCUGCUGGUGCUGGAGCAGUUCCUGACCAUCCUGCCUGAGGAGCUCCAGGCCUGGGUGCGGGAGCAGCACCCCGAGAGCGGGGAUGAGGUGGUGGCCGUGCUGGAGGACCUGGAGAGGGAGCUGGACGAGCCAGGAGAACAGGUGGAAGAUAGGAAAACAGAGGUCCCAACCUAUGUCUGUGAACAGGGAGAGUUUGUGAAGGAGAAAGCAUCCCGGAGAACAGCCCACGAGGUGUCAGGUGGCCGGCUCCAAACCUUGGAAGAGCUGCAUCAGUGCAAUUCUCGAGAGAUGUGCCCGGUUCAGGAGAUCGGUGACGGGGCUGGGACUUGGAAUGUGGAGUUAGCUCCAAAGAGGGAGCUUUCUAAAGAAAUGAAAUCUCUUGUGGAAGCACCUGAAAAAUCGAAUGGUGAUAUUAUUCAGACGCCUGAAUGUGGAGACACCUGUGACCAUGAGGGCAGAUUGGAAAGGCAGCGGGUGAGCUCUUCAGUGGAAAGACCCUAUAUCUGUGGUGAAUGUGGGAAGAGCUUCACCCAGAAUUCCAUCCUUAUCGAGCACCAGAGAACACACACAGGCGAGAAGCCCUACGAGUGCGAGGAGUGUGGACGGGCCUUUGGGCAGCGGUCAGGCCUGUUUCAGCACCAGAGACUCCACACUGGGGAGAAGCGCUACCAGUGCAGCAUCUGUGGCAAAGCCUUCAGCCAGAAUGCGGGGCUUUUCCAUCACCUCCGGAUCCACACGGGGGAGAAGCCCUUCCAGUGUGGUCAGUGCAGUAAGAGCUUUAGUCGACGCUCUGUCCUCAGUAAGCAUCAAAGGAUUCACUCUGGGGAGAGGCCUUACGAAUGUGAAGAAUGUGGCAAGAACUUCAUUUAUCAAUGCAACCUCAUUCAGCACCGGAAAGUGCACCCUCUGCUGAGUCCAGCCAGCCCCUUGGAACAGGUAGGGCAACAUUUCCUGACAUCAGACCACAGAGGCGGCGAGGAGCCGGCGGAGGCGCGCUCGGGGGUCGUGACGCACUUCCGGUCUUGCGGGCGCCGCGGCCCCAGGGCGCCCCUUCCGUCGCGGGUGCGGGCGUGGGCGUGGGCGUGGGCGGGAGGCUGGUUCUCCGCCCGCGGGCGGGAUGGCUAUAGCCUGGACCGCCAAGACCUGGGCGGCCUUGGCGGACACAGGCGCUGCGCAGCGCUGGUGUGGUCCGCAGGUGGUGGUUUUGCCGGAGGACUACAGUGCAGCCGCCUUGCAGAAGAGACCAGGCCGAGGGCUGCAGCUGUGCCAGUUAUGCUCAUCAGUAUGCUGGCAGUAUCUAGGCACCCGGUGAACUGUGGCAUCCACGGAUUUCUUCAGACGAAACUUAAGGCAGUUCUGCUGGGAGGAUUCCUCUGGGCCUCAGAAGGCCAACUCCAGACCCUCUGCUGUCAGUGGCUAAGACCAGAGAUGCACAGCAAGGAGCAGGGCUUGGACUUUCUCGAGCCAGGGCAGCUACUGACCACCCUGUGGGAGAGCUCCCAGCCCAGGUGCAGGAGCAGCCCAGGGGAUAGGGAGGAGGCUGUUGCUGGACUUGGAAGGCUUGUCCAGGAAGCUGGAUCAUCCCAGACAAAAGUCCUCCUGCAGCAACAGGAAGGGACCCAGGGGCAAACAGCUUAUGUGGCAGCAGCACAGGACUCACCCCAGAGUUGGCUCCAGCCAGAAUGGGUCAGCUCACUUCUGAACCUUGGGAGCUGCACCCUGUUCAGGAGAAAGGACAAAGUGGCACCUACUCGAGGUGUGCCGGGCCUCGCCCGCCGUGGGGGGCGACGGGGAGAGCUACGGCACCUGCUAGCUCGCCGCUCCCUGCGGCCGCCGCGGAGGGCGCACGCGCUCCCACCCGCCCAACUCUCGCGACCUCGCGGGGCCCGCGGGAACUGCGCGGCGAGUCGCCCGCCCACCUGCGGCUGUAGCGGAAGGAUUCUUGCUAAAAGCGUUGACAAAGCUUUUGAAGACACGAUGGCAUCUACUUGGGCAGUCCAGGCCCACGAGGACCCGGAUGAGCUUUUGGAAGUAAAGACCGAGGAGGAGGAAAAGGAGUGUAAGGAUACCCCCACACGGGAUCAGAACCUGCAGAAGAACAACACCCACAGCGGAGAAGUCUUCCGGCAGUGCUUUAGGCAGUUCUGCUACCAGGAAACAUCUGGGCCCCGCGAGGCCCUGAGCCGGCUCCGCGAGCUCUGCCACCAGUGGCUGCGCCCUGAGACCCACAGCAAGGAGCAGAUCCUGGAGCUGCUGGUGCUGGAGCAGUUCCUGACCAUCCUGCCCGAGGAGCUCCAGGCCUGGGUGCGGGAGCAGCACCCCGAGAGCGGGGACGAGGUGGUGGCCGUGCUGGAGGACCUGGAGAGGGAGCUGGAUGAGCCCAGGGAGCAGGUCUUGGUCCACACUGAGGAACAGGAAAAGCCCUUGCAGGACAUGGGCCCUUUGAGGACAGAGCAGGAGCCCAGCACGUCCCUUCCACCCCUGACAGUGCAACUAAAAUGUGAGUCUCUGGAAUCUGAAGCCCAACCAGAGGAGCAAGUUUCAGGUGUUGAGACUGGAAAGGAGUACAGGAAUUUAAAGCAAGAAGUUUCUGAAGAAAUGGAACCAUGUGGGAAUAUGUUUAGGUUUGAAAGUGAAGUAUUCUGGUCCACUCGAUACAGAAAAGUUAAUGAAUCUGCAGCAAAAGCAGAGGAGUCUUCUGGACACUCCAGGGAAGGUGAACAAUCUACAGGUGAUGAAAACAGAGUCAGUUUGGCUGGACAGCAGAUGGUCUAUCUGGAAGAAAAACCUCACGAGUGUGAGGAAUGUGGGAAAGGCUUUAGUCAGCACUUGCACUUCAUAGAGCAUCAGAGGGUCCAUACUGGGGACAGGCCCUACAAAUGCGAGGAAUGUGGAAAAACUUUCCGUGGGAGAACUGUACUUAUUCGGCACAAAAUAAUACACACUGGAGAGAAACCAUACAAAUGCAAUGAAUGUGGCAAAGCCUUUGGCCAGUGGUCAGCUCUUAACCAACAUCAGGGGCUCCACACAGGAGAGAAGCACUAUCACUGUAAUGAAUGUGGCAAAGCCUUCAGCCAGAAAGCAGGCCUCUUUCACCAUCUCAAGAUCCACACAAGAGACAAACCAUACCAUUGUACUCAGUGUAAUAAAAGUUUCAGUCGGCGCUCGAUACUUACUCAACAUCAAGGAGUUCACACUGGGGCGAAGCCCUAUGAGUGCAGCAAGUGUGGAAAGGCCUUUGUUUAUAACUCAUCCCUCAUUUCCCACCAGGAGAUCCACCACAAAGAAAAGUGCCAUCAGUGUAAGGAAUGUGGGAAAUCCUUCAGUCAGACUGGCCUUGCUCAGCAUCAGAGGAUCCACACUGGGGAGAAACCCUACAAGUGUGAUGUAUGUGGAAAAGCCUUUAUUCAGAGGACAAGUCUUAGAGAACAUCAGCGAAUUCACACUGGGGAGAGACCUUAUAAAUGUGAUAAGUGUGGGAAGGCCUUUACUCAAAGGUCAGUCCUCACAGAACAUCAGAGAAUCCACACUGGAGAGAGGCCCUACAAGUGCGAUGAGUGUGGGAAUGCCUUCCGAGGAAUAACCAGCCUCAUUCAGCAUCAGAGAAUCCACACUGGGGAGAAACCCUACCAAUGUGAUGAAUGUGGCAAAGCCUUCAGGCAGAGGUCAGAUCUUAGUAAACACCAGAGAAUCCAUAACAGAGAUGGUCCCUGUAAAUUUAAAGAGUGUAGGGAAUCCUUCAGGCAAACUUCAGCUCUAAUUCAACAUCAGAUUAUCCACAGAGGAAAAAAAUCUGUUUCUGUAUGACAACUAUAGGGAAGCUGUCUCACAAUGGAGGCUGGAGAGAAAUACUAGCUUUCAAAUCCUUUAGGGCAAAACGUCAGUCACUCGCUAAAAGGAAACCUCAGAUAUUUUACAAAGAAUUCAUUGUGUGCUGCCCAUUCUCUCAGGUGCUGUGGAGAACAAGAAGCAGAACACCAAAUUAUCCUUCUCAAAAGUUUUACAAUUUAGUUUGGGAUUUCUAAGAUCCACGUGUGAGGUUAGAUCAUCAAAUGGCAGCAGGGCAGGAGGAUUGAUGAGUCCUGUAUCUUUGAAGUGGCACCUGGCACACAGUAAGUGCUACCAAUUCUGGAGGACAGAUCACUGAUGCCUAAGCAGGUCAAGAAAGAUUCUAUGGAUGAUGAGGGUUAGAUGGGCAGAUUUGGAAGGCAAAAUGGGAAACAUUUAGGGUAAAGGAGAUGUAAGCAGAGGCAAGAGUGCUCAUGGUUUGGAAGCAUCCAUGCCAACCUGAGGUAGACCAGCUUCAGUUGGACAGUUGAUGGCAGUAAGCUGGAAACAUAACUUGGGGACAGAUUGGGAGGGCGAAAGAGCCUCUUAACCAAAGGCACUUACAGAACACUCUUACUGAAUUCCUAAAAUAUCUCUGUAAAUUAAAAUUCUUCUCCUUUUUUUUUUUUAAGGAUUUAUUUAUUCAUGAGAGAGACAGAGAGAGGCAGAGGGAGGGGCAGGCUCCCUGUUGGGAACCCGAUGUGGGACUCAAUCCUGGGUCCCUGGGAUCAUGCCUUGAACCAAAGGCAGAUGCUCAACUGCUGAGCCACCCAGGCAUCCCAACAUUCCUCUCCUUCUUAAAAGCAAGGCUACCCUUGCUUAUGGAGAUGGUGACAUAGCUCUAACAUCACACAAAGGGAAAGGCCAGCCCCUGAAGCCUGGGUCUCUGACCUCAGGUCCUAUCCAUUGCUCUAGGGAUUCCUCUGAGCAUCGGAAUCACCCAUGGAGCUUGUUGAAAUGCCUGUAUCCCACUCACAGACAUUCUGCUUCAUUAAGUCUGGAAUGAGGGCAAGAAUCUUCAUUUGUAUAGCUCUGUGGUCACCUGAUUAUAAAUCUGAGAAACAUUGCAUUGAAUCCCAGCUCCCUUCAUGGUUGCCUGUGGAGUGAUUACGCCUGGACACAGUCUGUGUAAACAGGGACCCAUGCAGAUUUGAGGCAUUAAAGAAAGCCAGGUGCUACCAGUGCUUUAGUGGACAGGGAACUAGACCACUGUCCAGCCCCUAGGGCUUCAGAAUGGCCUUCCUACUGUUUCAUACUUAAGGCUUUCAAAAUAGACUAACCUACAUUUGAAGGCUUCCAGGGGUCAUCUGAGCACACGUCUGUGUAUGUUUAGUUAAGGGAGGGUGCUAGAGUUCUGUUUUACUCCUAACCUCUCUUUUUACCCAACCAUAUGGUUCUCAUGUUCUGAAUUCCCUAAUAACUGCUCUCUAGAACUAGUUUACAAUUUUUUGGUCUAUAUACCUUCUUGAGCACAUGAAAGAGCCAAAGAUUGGUGACUUUGUCCCUUGGGACUUGUGAAAACACAGAUCAACUGAUAACUGGUUAACUUUACUCCUGUAUUACUGAGUAAAUAGUUAUGUCCUAAUGAGGGCCGAUGAUUAUUGUUGUGGAUAAUAGGCAGCCAUGUAGAGGCAUGUAUGGCUCCUGGUCUUUUUAUUUUUACCAUUUUUUUAAACUUUCUUUUUAAAUAAAUUUUUAAAUUUA